AUGAACAUCAGCCUCCGAUCCAGUCAGUCUUCAUACGGAGACCCUCGCUAUCUGUCCACUGCCACUGUCUCCGAUAUCCAUAUCCCGCAUGCCAAAUCCCUUGUCGACGGGUAUCGCGAUGCCGUGGACCCCCAACAUGAGGACCGGUCGCGGUACAAUCCGCUCAAUCCGAGUCACCCGCGAAGCUCAGCCCUCCUGAAUACGAACGAUCCCGUCACGAUGUACCUCCUGACCGAGACCGCCAUGGGCGAUAGCACCAACUACGAGAUCCUCUCGUUCGAGGAAGUAGAGGAACUCAAGAAGGAGCGCACCCUCCUGGCCAGUCGCGUCGAGAGCACCAAGCGGCGACUGGCCCUGGAGACCAAGCUGCGCGAUGCCGCUCAAUCCAUCGGCCGACUCUACAGUCCCCCGAGUCCCCGGAACAGCAGCGAAUACGGCGCCAACGGCACUUCCAAGUCCCACCGGAGGAGCCGCAGUAUAUUUGGACGGAGCGGUGCGGACGAAGUCCGAGAUAAGAGCGAUUCCGAGUUGGCAAUGAGCCAGCGGAAAUGCGAAGAACUGGCGCAGGAAUUGUGGAAGCUGGAGCGCAAGUCUCAGCAGAUCAACCAGCGCUUGCUCGAGCAUACAGCGGGUGUUUUGCAGAUGACCCACAAGGGGUUGAGGAAGGCGCCCAAGAACCGGGAAGGGUCAGAUGGCCUGUACGACGACCACGACUUUGACGACCGCAGCCUCUACCGGACGACGGAGCAUUUGGAUAAUUAUGGAAUGAACGGAAGGAUAGAGACGACUGCCUCGGCUGUUGCGGCACUGGAUCCCGAAUCUCAGACAAGGUUGGAGGAACUCAGCCAGCGCAUGUGCAAUAUGUUGAUCCAGGCCAACCCGGACGAAUUCGUUGACCCUCCACCGCACCCAGGUGGGCCUUCGUCCGUGGUCGACGCGCACAUCGCAUACCUGGAGAACGGACUAAACUCUCUCGGUUCGCUCAGAGGCGCUCCGGCAAUGGAUACAGGCGGUGGUGCGGCCCCGGAAGCUGAAGGCGCAUGGAAGGAACAGCUCACGGAUAUCAACAGCCGGGUCCAAAGCAUUGUGGACCGCUUCGGCUUAACCCGUUCGCCAACUCUGCCCCCACCGCCGGCCGCGUCAGAUGGCGAAGGGCUUGAGGAGCAGCUCUCAUAUCUUCAAACGGGCCUUGAUGGCCUCGCGAGCCGAGUGGAUGGAGUGCUGGAGCAGAAGAGCAUCCUGACCACCCAAAUCCAGCAGCAGCGUGAACUCAACUCCAAGUCAGAUGCGGAACGAGACGCGCACAUCGCUGACUUGACCGAACAGCUGACUCAAGUCCGCAAGGAUCACGAGAUUUCUGAGCGCGAGAGCAAGGCCAAUCGGGAUGAGCUGGAUGUGGUCAUGCAGCAGCUUGAGGCUCAGCGCCACAACGGCUCCUCCCAGGAUGAGGUCCAGGCCGCGCUAGUGCAGGCCGAGGGCGAGAUUGCCCGCUUGCAGAGCGUCGUGGAAUCGCUGCAUGCCGAGGCUGAUGCACGAACCGAAGAAGUGAGAGAAGCUCACGACCAUGCCGAGGCGGUCAGAGAAGCCCAUGACCGUGCGGGGCGAGAAGUCGCCCAGCUUGAAGCCGAAAUCCAGCAGAUUCGCACCGAUGCUGACGCCCGCCUGAAGGAGGCGUUCGACCAGCGCGCACAAGCCGAGGAGGAAUCCACCCGCCUACAGAACGAGAUGACCGAGCUGGAAGGCGAGGUCGUGCGUAUCACCACCGAGCUCACCAUGGUCAAAGCCGAGCUCGACGGCGCCUACGGCACCCGCGCCCAGCGCGCUGCCGAGGUGGCUGCCAACCCCGAGAUCCAGAAGGAGAUCGACAGCCUGAGGACGCGAAACAUCGAGCUGACCGAGGAGCUCGCUACGUUCAAGGGCCAGCAGGGCGGCGGCGAUCUUCAGCAGCGAGCCGAUACGCUGGAGAAGGAGCUCCGGGAGACUCUUGAUGACUACGAGGCCAUGACCAAGGCCAGCAUCGAAUUUGAGAAGGAGCGCGAGCGGUUCGAGGGUGUCAUUGACAGCAUGCGGGAUCGCUGUGAGCAGCUGGAGCAGCAGCUCAGCGAGGAGCGGAUCAACUGGAUGAACCUCAACAGCCCGGGCUCGGUAGGCCGCGACGGAACGUCCGAGACAACGUCGACGAUGGUGCUCAAGAACGAGUUCAAGAAAAUGAUGCGCGACACGCGCAAUGAAAACAUGAAGAUCUUGAAGGUUCGUCCCAUCUCGGCGGAACAAGAAGAGCGGCGACGAAUCGAAGGGCUGCUGCGAGCCCUCAGAAAGGAGCACGCCCAGGUGACUGGCAAACCGAUGCCCAGCCCGGUCAGCACGCCCUUAUGA